UACCCUCCUGUUGUCACCACCCUCCGGCUCACACCGCUGCCCUAGCGCGCUCUAACACCAGGCAGCGACCCGGCGCCCAGUGCCAGGCGCUGCCAUGUAUCAGCCUUACAGAUGAAUCCCAGCAUGUGGUACAUCAUGCAAUCCAUCCAAAGCAAGUACUCGCUGUCGGAGAGACUGAUCCGAACUAUCGCGGUCCGCUCCUUCCCACACGACAAUGUUGAGGACCUCAUCAAUCAGGGAGCUGAUAUCAACUGUACCCAUGGCACACUCAAGCCCCUGCACUGCGCCUGUAUGAUGGCUGACCCAGACUGUGUGGAACUACUCCUGGAGAAAGGAGCUGAGGUGAACGCCGUGGAUGGCUACCACAGGACGGCGCUGCACUACGCGGCCGAGAGAGAUGCGGGCUGUGUGGAGAUCCUGCUGGGGUUCGGCGCGGACCCCAAUUCCCCGGACGGCAACAUGGACUCCCCGCUGCACUGGGCUUCCUACCGGGACAGGCCCGAGUGCGCCCGAGCGCUGCUGGGGGCCGGUGCAAGGGUGGACGCCCGCGACUACCACCGGGACACCCCGCUGAGCUGGGCCGCCUCGCGGGGCAACCUGGAGAGCGCCCGGGUCCUCCUGGAGUACGGGGCGCAGGCCGGUGCCCGCAACCUGAAGGGGCAGACGCCGGCCGCUCGGCUGAUGGCGCUGCUGGCCCGCGGUCUGGGUGGGCCGCGUGAGGAGGAGUGCCUGGCCCUGCUUCGCGAGGCCGAGGGGCAGGCGCCGGCGGGGGGAGGGGGAGGUGGGGGGUCUCGCCAGGGUGCGGGGUGCCCCGGGCCGGGCAGCCUGAAGGGGCUGAGCCGCCGGGAGGUGCGGCGCUGUCUGGGCGCCCGGCACCUCCCGGCCGCGGUGGAGACGCUGCCCCUGCCCGUGGCCAUCAAGCGUUACCUGCUGCUGGUGGGGUGAGCGGGGGGGGGGGCGGGAAAGAGGAGGCCAUUCGGCCCACUCUCCUCCCUCCUCCAGCCUGCCACAUGGAAACAGGAGGCCAUUCGGCCCCCUCUCCUCCCUGCUCCAGCCUGCCACACGGAAACAGGAGGCCAUUCGGCCCCCCCCUCCUACUCCUCCAGCCUGUCGCACAGAAACACGAGGCCAUUCGGCCCCCUCUCCUCCAGCCUGCCACACAGGAACAGGAGGCCAUUCAGCCCCCUCUCCUCCUGCCUGUCACUCACGAACACGAGGCCAUUCGGCCCCCUCUCCUCCUGCCUGUCACACGGAAACAGGAGGCCAUUCAGCCCCCUCUCCUCCAGCCUGCCACACGGCAACAGGAGGCCAGUCGGCCCCCCCCGCUACUCCUCCAGCCUGUCACACUGGAACACGAGGCCAUUCGGCCCCCUUUCCUCCUCCUCCAGCCUGUCAAACAGGAACAGGAGGCCAUUCGGCCCCCUUUCCUCUUCCUCCUCCAGCCUGUCAAACAGGAACAGGAGGCCAUUCGGCCCCCUUUCCUCCUCCUCCAGCCUGUCACACACGAACAGGAGGCCAUCAGGAUAUACUUGAGCCUCCAGCCUGGUGGAUGAUGCAGGUUGCGAUCACAGCCCACUCCCCGUGAUAACUAAUAUAUAAACGUAGGGGUAUGUUUCGGGACAGUAUUUGUUCGGUGCCCAGUGUGUGCGCGUGCGCGUGAAUCCCUCAAUGCUGCUCCCACAACGUUUUACACUUGCAAUGCAAGAAUUUUAAUAAAGAUCAGAGACGUA